AUGACGGUCGAAGUAGCGAAUCUGGCGGAAGAGCUUGAUUCCGUUUUGCACGACAUUCAUCGUAGGCCUGUUAGGAGAAUUCCCUCCGAAGGGAAAGGUAAACUAAAAAGAGAAAAGCUUGAGAGGAGUGCGAAGAGGAGGGAGAAGAAGAAGGCUCAAUCGCCAUCACGUAAAGAAAGUGCAACCCAGAAAGACAACAAGACUCAGUCAGUGUCACCUACGACUACCGCAGUACCAGUUCGCAAGUUCCUUUCUUAUGGAAUGUCUAUAUCCAGCGAGAUCAACAAGAAAGUGCAAUCUGCGGUCUCCGAAGUCUCCCGUUUGACAGAAGAAGCUAGAGCGAUUAUGGCCAACAUUCAGCAGUAUAGACCCAGGAUCCGCAAGAUGCCUGUGUCUAAAUUGGCAACAUCGCAAGCUUUGAAUCAAACACUGGGCUAUGCAGUUCAAGAGGUUCUACAUCUGACGGAGGAAGCGAGAACUAUAAUGGCCACGAUCCAACAGCGCAAACGACAUAGUUCUUGGCGGUUCAUAAGAAGAUGGGGCCGCGAUACUACAGCUCUUCCCGUUGGCCCUGGGACUUCGCCCACAGAUCUAUUGACAUGGGCACGCAGGAACCUCCGAGCCUGGACACUAGGCAUCAAGUACCUGAAGAAGGAAGUAAACCUCGUCGGCACUCUUAUCCGCCAGCGUAAACGUUCACGUCGUAAAUCCGGCAUUAGUGAACCGCGUAUCAUAAGAGACCAGUGUCUACGGGUAAGACGGGUAAGACACCACACCAUCAAUGUCGUCCGGCACCCAUCACAAAGCUGGGUAGUACGGAAAACGGCGUCUAAUCAGGGGUCUGGACUGUCAAGUAUGCGGCAGAAGAUCACAGAGAAGAAGCGCAAGAGGACUGAACUCGCUCUUACGGUGGAGUCGUGGCUAAAAGGGGGUGGGAGCUAUGGUCCAGGCUAA